AUGGCGGCAACCAGUGACGAAGAAAUGGAUUCUCUGCUUUCCACUUUGGAUCAAAUCUACCAGAAUUCUCAGGAUUUCAAUAGCGGCGUGGCGGAGAUCCAGUCGGUGAAGUCCACGUGUAAUGCCGAGGCCAAGAAGCGAGAAGCUCUGGAAUUCACCUGCAACAAUCUCAAGCAAGAAAAUGAGCGAUUGACCAGAUUGUACACCGAGUGUUUGAACAAUGUUGCCGAUCAGCUUGAACGCCGUAGCUCAAGCCGGGGCUUGAAAGAAGAGGUGAAGAGGAUGAGGGAGGAGUGCCUCAGUAAAGAAGAAGAGCAUAGGAAGGCCAUGGAAUUGGCUAAGAAAAACUGUGCUGCCAAGGUUGAUGACUUGGAGGCUCAAAUUAGAGGGUUUAUGCUUGAGAAGGCGACAAAUGAAGCAACCAUUGAUCACCUUCAACGGGAUUUAGCAGCUCAUAAAUCCCAUCUGCAUGUUCUAGCGAGCAGGUUGGAUCAUGUGCAGUUAGAUGUGGAAUCAAAAUAUAUUCUGGAGAUUCAGGAUUUAAAGGACUGUCUUGCAAUUGAACAGGAGGAGAAAAAUGAGUUGAGUAAAAAACUCCAGGACUUACAAAAGGAAUUGCUGGUUAGCAGAUCAAAGCUUGUUGAGCAGCAACGAGAUUCGAAUUCGAUUUGGCAGGUUGAAACACUUAAGACCAAGAUUAUGAAGCUGAGGAAGGAGAAUGAGAUCUUAAAGCGCAAGUUUCCUCAUUCAGAUGAGGGCUAG